GUUCAGUGCUCUCGGAUGGUCUUCGACAGUCCCUCGGUUAGAUUACUUGGUAGCCCACUCUAGGGGUAGUUAGGUCACCCGAGUCUACAACAAAGUAUAAUGUCCUCCGAUGCCAUCUCCCUACUUGAGGCCAAUGAAACUCUCUCAGGAAGACAGUCUGAUAUUCGUAAAGCUGCUUAAACUCGGUCACCGCUAUCCGUGACGUCACCGAUACAGUGCCUAUCGACUUGAUAUGUCAGCAGAGGCAUCGUCUAACUAUACAGUUCAGAGUUGAAAGGACAAUGACUGAGGUGACUGGAGCACUUAAGACUACCACAAAGUCAAAACAUCGAUGUCUUGUUGGGAAUUUCGCACCCAUCCAUCGCCAACUCCCAAUAACCCCAUGCACAUACUCUGGAACUAUUCCUCCCGAGCUUCAUGGCGGCCAAUACGUUCGGAACGGAGGAAAUCCGAGCUUCGGUGACCAUCUAUCUGAAGACGUCCAUAUGUUCGAUGGCGAUGGCAUGCUGAUUGGAGUUUGGUUCCGUCUGAAUAACCAGACAAAAGAAGUUGAACCAUGUUUCGUCAAUCGGUACAUUUUGACCGACAUUUAUCUCGGGGCCAAAUCGAUGCCUAGCCUACGAGUGCCUAUACUGCCGAGCAUCGCAACGUUAAAUCAUCCUCUGAGGACUACCCUUUCGAUAUUUUUCAAGCUUUGUCGGUUUCUAGCUCUGAUCGCGUGGAGUUUUGUCAGUGCCGACAAGCAUAAGAUUCGGAAAAUUAGUGUCGCGAAUACGGCUAUCCUCUACCACGACAAGAGAGCGUUGGCCACAUGUCAAACGGGGCCGCCGAUGAGAGUUCAACUACCAAGUUUAGACACCGUUGGCUGGUUCAAUGGAUACUCAGCUGUCAACGAAGACAAACAUUCGAGAUCAGACAAGGAUGCCUUUGGCUGUACUGGACCUUUUGGCUUUCUGAAAGACUGGACAACGGCUCACCCUCACGUCGAUCCAGUCACGGGAGAUUUCAUAUCCUUUCAAUCAUCUUUUCUACCGCCUUUCGUAUGGUACACUCUCAUACCCAAGUCGACAACCAAAUCCCACGCACCUGCAUUACACGCCCCAGUCCCGGGGGUAUCAAUCCCAAAACUAAUGCACGACUUUGGCGUUUCCCCUACCCAUACCAUCAUCCUUGACCUCCCAAUGACACUCGAUCCCACCAACAUGCUCCGCGGAAGACCAAUAAUCCACUACGAUCGAAAUUCACCAUCCCGAUUCGGCAUUUUCCCCCGACGACAUCCCGAGCAAGUCCGCUGGUUUGAGACGGAGCCGUGUUUCAUUUUUCAUACAGCCAGUACAUGGGAUGAGUCUGAGCCAAAGCACUCGAAAGAUUCCGAGAUUGAAGCUGUGAACAUGGUCGUUUGUCGGUACACGAAUGGAAAUAUGCUGUACUCUAUGGGCGCUAUCGAGCCCGUGGAGAAAGAACAGUGCGAUAGCAAGGUAUAUUAUUAUCGAUUUCUUCUCGCAAACAGGGAGAAGAAUAUUAUCACGCAUCAAUGGGCUUUAUCUGCCAUCCCCUUCGAGAUGCCAAUCGUACCAGCGAACUUCUCGAGCACGGGUCCGAAAUGCAUCUACGGAUGUUCCUCACGAGACGCAAUAUUUGGCGCAGAAACGGGCGAGCCUAUGAAGGUGGAUUGCCUUGUCAAAAUGAAUGUCCAGAAUUUGAUUAGACGGGGGUUGAAUGAGGACAUCCAGUCUAUCGAGGGCUACGUCGACAAAAGAAACAUACAAGAGGUCAUGUCCAGCGAUGAUCCGGAAGAUCCAAUCAAGAUAUUCCAAGCUCCGGAAGGGUGGUACGCACAAGAACCUCAAUUUGUUCCACGAGAUGACGCAAGGGAGGAAGACGAUGGAUAUCUCCUAACUUUGAUGUUUGAUGAAUCUCAACUCGAUACGGAUGGGCAUGCUACGGAGGAUGCUAGGAGUGAAUUGUGGAUUAUCGAUGCACGAGAUAUGAGAACUGUUGUUGCGAAGAUUUUGCUUCCACAACGAGUUCCAUAUGGGUUUCAUGGCCAUUGGUUUAGGCAACAAGAGCUUGAAGAGCAGAGACCGUACGUUCGGUUACGGACAGACCCGGGGGAGGCGAAAGAGCAAGCAAGCGAUCAAACUUCCUCGUAGAGUUUUUUGGUGUUUUAGCAGGCGUACUCAAUCAAUAAUACAUGUAUCAAGCCUGAACACUGUACCGCUAACGCGGACAGCUUCACUACUCUGAAGAGAUCUUAAGAAACGAGAUAAUCCGAAUGUUCAUUGAUGCAAUCCAUGUGAUGCAAUAAGCACCAGGUCUAUACAAAAGAGAUAAAAAGUCUCGGGCCGAGAAAUCGACGAGCCUAAAAGCGGGGGUAUGGAAUCGAUGUAUCUCUAAACCGGCUUUGAAGUAUGUCCGGAAGGGGUUCCCAUGCAAGUCGAGCGGACCGGUCAUCAACCGUCACAAGGGUCUUUUCACAAAUAGACGGGAACCAACGCUGCAAAAGACACAUAAGAGAAAGGGCAGAAAAUGGAGGAUAUAUAUACACAAGACAGUACGAAGAAGGCUAGUUUAGUCGAACAUCUUCUUCAUGAACUUGUGCGCGAGCUCGACACCCAGGCUGGAGAAUUCAAUGUUAGCAUCGAAAAGAGACUGCCAAGAUAGUAGAACUUACAAAGUAGCCGCGUUAGCAGGGACGGCACGAGCCAGCGCAGGACCGAAACCAGGGAAGAAGGCCUUGAAACCACCGCUGGCAUACACGGCCCUGACGGUGCCGCCAAUAGUCGGCUUGCCCGGUGCGCUCUGCAGGCGAGACUUGAUCGUGUCGACGGGGAAAACGGGAAUCCACAUGGCAAUACCGGCGGCACCACCCGCAGCCACAACCGCCGUCAGGGACAGCUCGCCAGUCACAUUGCCAUUGGCAUCCUUAGGGGUCAACGAGCGCUUGAUGUACUCGUACGCAGCGAAGUAGGCGGCCGAUCCGGGGCCAUCACGAGCUAGCGUCAUGGCGCUACCCCGGAAGACACUGCGGAUACCGCCCUCCUUGUACAGCUGGCGCACAACGUCCACACCACCGGAGUACUUGGGCUUCUGGCCCGGCGGGGGCGGGUUCUGACCCUGGAUCUGCAGCAGGACCUUGACGCGCUCGAAGGGGGCGGUGAUCAGGGUCAUGGGGAUAGCGGAGAAGAAACCGGCGGCGGAGAUUUGAGCGAUGGAGUACUGAGGGGUGCCAUUUACCACUGGAACAACGGAGGCCUUUUCGACCAAGCUCUUGCCAACGUCGUAACCCUACAUGGACGUGUUAGAUGAGACACCCGAAGAUUGAACUUGCUCGUGUAGACCGUGGACGAGACGGUCAAAAACAUACCCAGAAGCUGACAGCGACUACCCAG